CAUUGGUUAGAGGAGUGCUCCACAGGAGAAAGCUGAGGAAGUCAGAGACUGAUGAAUGCCACCUGAAAAUAGUAUGACACUCACCUUUCCCAAAAUAAUGAGAUUAUUAAUAGAUAUAGAAAGCGAUCAGCAUGGCGCCAACUUUAACCAAUAAUCCUGAAGGAAUUGUAGAUGAACAAAGAGACUGCAGAGAAAAUGGCAUAGUCCGAGCAAAGAACCCUCACUUGGCCUCGAUGCCUGAAGACUUUCUGUAUCAUUUUGAUCUUGGAACAAAAACGCAUAAUCUUCAAGCAAUGUUUGGAGAUGUGAAGUUUGUUUGUGUGGGAGGCAGUGCAAACCGGAUGAAAGCUUUUGCACAGUUCAUGCAUAUGGAACUUGGACUAAAUGGAAGUGACAGUGACAUAUUGGAUAUUUGUGCAGGAACUGACAGAUACAGCAUGUACAAAAUUGGCCCUGUGUUGUCCAUAAGUCAUGGAAUGGGUGUGCCAUCUAUAUCAAUCAUGCUUCAUGAACUCAUCAAGUUACUUCACCAUGCCAAGUGUUGUGAUGUCACUAUCAUACGUCUGGGGACAUCAGGUGGUAUAGGUUUGGAUCCUGGGACUGUGGUUAUUACAGAUACAGCAGUAGAUUCAUUUUUCCAACCUCAAUUUGAACAAGUGGUCCUGGGAAAAAUAAUUACCCGAAGCACUGAACUGGACAAGGAUCUAGCACAAGAAUUGCUGAACUGUGGCAAUGAGAUUGCUGAUUAUCCCACUAUCAUUGGAAACACAAUGUGCACCUAUGAUUUCUAUGAAGGGCAAGGACGUUUGGAUGGUGCUUUAUGCUCAUUUUCAAAUGAAGAGAAACUGGAGUAUUUGAAAAAAGCGUAUAAAGCUGGUGUCAGAAACAUUGAAAUGGAGUCCACUGUCUUUGCUGCUAUGUGCCAUAGUUGUGAUCUAAAAGCUGCUGUUGUCUGUGUGGCUUUAUUAAAUCGAUUUGAUGGUGACCAAAUCACAACUCCUCAUGAAGUUCUCCUGGAAUACCAAAAGCGUCCACAGAAACUAGUGUCAAUGUUCAUAAAAAAACAACUUGGGCUGUUAAAACAUAAUUGA